AUGGUGGUAAAACUCAUCCUCUACGCCGUCGUCGCUCUGGGCCUGACAUAUCUCGCCCUCAUAUUCCCAAGGCUCCAACAAGAAUGGAAACUCUACUCCCACCGCUCCCAACUCCCCCCAGGUCCCAAGACCAUCAGAACCGGCAUCCGCAAGCCAUGGCUCUGGUUCCAAGAACUCAGCCAGCAAUACGGCGAUGUUGUUUAUCUUCAACUCGGCCCAACACCAACCAUAAUCCUCGGUUCCGCCCAAGCCGCCUGGGAUCUUCUCGAGAAGCGCGGCGCUGUAUUCUCCUCCCGUCCACGAUUCAUCAUGGGCGGUGAAUUGCUCUCCGGCGGUAUGAGAGGUCUUAUGGCGCCUUAUGCUUCGUAUUGGAGACGGUGGAGGAAGUUAUUGCAUAGUGGGUUUAUGCAGAGACAGAGUGAGACGUAUAGACCGAUUCAGAGUCUUGAGUCAAAGGUUUUGAUGCUUGAUCUUUUGAAGAGGCCUGCUGAUUUUAGGAUGCAUUUGGAAAGGUAUGCAGCGUCAGUUAUUGUUACUGUUACUUAUGGACGGAGGGUUGAGGAUGUGAGGAGUGAUAUUGUGGUGAGACGCAAUGCUGAGGCUAUGGAGCGUCUGACUAUGGUUAAUAUUCCCGGAAAGUACGCCGUCGAGCGCUAUCCGGCUCUCAAGUAUCUCCCUACAUUCUUGGCCCCUUGGAAAAAGGAAGUUCUACAGCAACGUCAGAAAGAUAUCCAACUCUAUACGGAGCUCAUGGAUGAGGUGCGCGAGAAGGUCGCUAAAGGUACUUCACCAACUUGCUUCGCGAAACAUCUUCUUGAAGAACAGGAGAGCUUGGGUAUGAGUGACCUAGAAAUUGCGUAUACCGCAGGAUCACCCUUUGGAGCUGGUGUAGAGACGUCUGCGGGAUCACUCGCCAGCUUCCUUCUCGCAUGCGUCAAGUUCGGACCUCAGUUCAUUCCCAAAGCUCAGGAAGAACUUGACAGAGUUGUAGGCAGUGACCGCCUUCCAACCUUCGAUGAUCUUCCCAAGCUAGAAUACGUCAGGGCCAUCGCAUCCGAAACCCUUCGGUGGAGACCUGUUGCCGUGCUCGGAGGCACUCCCCAUGCUAGCACCGCAGACCAUGUCUACAAGGGCAUGUUCAUUCCCAAGGGAAGCACCAUCAUCGCACCACUUUGGACCUUGCAUCUUAACGAAGCCGACUUCCCUGAGCCUCACGAGUUCAGGCCUGAGCGCUUCAUGGAGAAGCGCGAGUACCCCGGUACUCUCGGUCAUAGUGCCUUUGGCUGGGGUCGACGAAUCUGCCCAGGCAUGCACCUCGGAGCUGCAUCAGUGACACUCAACAUCGCGCGUAUCCUAUGGGGCUUCGAGGUCAACCCUGAGAAGGAUGAGAAGGGGCGAGACGUUGAUGCUGAUAUCUUUGCCUAUUCGGAAGGCUUCAACUCGAGCCCUUUGCCGUUUCCUUGCUCAAUCACGCCUCGCUCUGUGAAACAUGCUGAGGUUAUUGAGAGUGAACAUGGCAAUGCCUUGGAGGACUUGAGGGAGUAUACUGCUGUCACAAGCAAGAUAUCUUGA